AUGUGGUCUUGUAUUAUGAAACCACUGGCGGUUCUCGCCUCAGUGGCUGCCCUGGCCUCACCCGUCUCUGGAGAGAAGAUUCUUUACUCCAACUCGCUCAACAGUUGCCAAAAGGAUAACGGUUUCAAAGCUACGCUCUUCAAUGUCGCCUUGACACCGAACAAUGGCUCUGCCUUUGUUAAGGCUGUGGCUACCUCUUCCAUCCAGGGCAAGGUCAUCUUCGACAUUCGACUCUCGGCAUACGGCUACCAGUUCCUUCAACAGACCGUAGACCCUUGUACGAUCAACCUUGCUGGUCUCUGUCCCAUGGUUUCUGGAAAAAUUCCGUUCAAGUUCAACUUGCCAGUCGGCAAAGAAAAUCUCAAACAAGUACCCGGAAUCGCCUACAGUGUUCCUGAUCUCGACGCUACCGUCCGCGUUUAUGUGAACAUGUCCAGUACUGGCGAGAGCGUCGCUUGUGUCGAAGCUGAUUUUUCCAACGGAAAAACAGUUGAUCUCAAAGGUGUCAAGUGGGCUACUGCCAUCAUUGCCGGCCUCGGUCUGAUCUCUUCUGCCGUUGUUUCUGGAGUUGGCCACGCCAACACUGCUGCACAUGUCGCUUCUAACUCGCUUUCCUUGUUUGGCUACUUCCAGGCACAGGCCAUUCUUGGUCUCACCAGCGUCGGACUCCCCCCAAUCGUCUCCUCUUGGACUCAGGACUUCCAGUGGUCAAUGGGAAUCAUCCGUGUUGGUUUUAUGCAGGACAUUUUUACGUGGUACCAACGAGCAACCGGCGGCACACCCGAGUCUAUUCUGUACAAUGUUCGCCAAGUGUCGGUUGAGGUUCAGAAGCGAAGUUUGCAAGCUGCCUCUACUAGUAUCGAUCUUUUCAAACGCAGUGCCGCCAUGAUGCCUCGAAGUAUCACGGAGCCCAUCGGUCAUGCUGCUGGGGCACUCGCCAAGCGCGCCAAUAUCCAAACCGAGGAUGGCACUUAUAUCGUGUACGGUAUUCAGCGAGUCGCUUUCAAGUCGAAGAUUGAAACCACCAACCUGUUCAUGACGGGUCUCACUUUCUUUUGCAUCUUCGUGGUUAUCACAUGUCUAGCUAUUGCUGCUUUCAAGGGUGUGUGCGAGCUGUGCGUUCGUCAGAAGUGGAUGGCCCCAGACAAAUUUUUGGAAUUUCGAAACGGCUGGAUGACUGUCCUUAAGGGCAUUCUCUUCCGUCUGACACUCAUUGGCUUCCCUCAGAUGGUCAUUCUUUGUUUGUGGGAAUUCACUCAACAGGAUUCGCCUGCUGAGGUCGUUCUCGCUGUCUUCUUCCUCCUGGGAAUGACUUUCACCCUCGCUUGGGGCGCCAGCAAGGUCAUUCGCAUCGCUCGCCGUUCUGUUGCCAUGCACCGCAACCCAGCCUACAUCCUUUUCUCGGAUCCCCAGGCCCUCAACAAGUGGGGUUUCCUCUAUGUUCAAUUCCGAGCCUCUGCUUACUACUUCAUUGUUCCCGUCCUUGUCUACACUGUGGUCAAGGCUAUGUUUGUUGCAUUGGCUCAGAAGAACGAUGUAGCACAGGCAGUUGGGUUUAUCAUCAUUGAGGUCGGUUUCUUAAUUGCUGCCUCGGUUCUUCGACCUUGGAUGGAUAAACCGACCAACUCGUUCAACAUCGCGAUUGCUGCCAUCAACUUCAUCAACGCCAUCUUUCUUCUCAUCUUUUCUAAUGUGUUUGGGCUGCCUAAGAUCGUUGUUGGUGUCGUUGGUGUCGUGUUAUUCGUUUUGAAUGCUGCAUUCGCGCUCAUUCUUCUUCUCAUGCUUAUCGUCUCAACGGCCUUGGUCUUUUUCCGCAAGAACCCUGAUGCACGAUACCAAUUCAUGGCCGAUGAUCGUGCCUCUUUCAUGAAGUCUCAAACCCAGGUCAACGCCACAACCGAGCUUGAUGCUCUUGCUGCUACUGCCCGAGGUGACAAGGCUGGUUAUAGCAACAAGCACCUCGAUCUCGAUGAGGAGGACUCGGUGUCGUCAGAGAGCUUGAGAAGGCGGGCGGAGAUGAACAACCAGUCCCAAACAUCAUUUCAACGGGGCGAUGUUCCUCCCCGGUCUCCUGUGAACCCCGCGAUGCCGCUUUUCCCUGCUGACGGACAGCGACCAGCAAGCCCGUUCCGCAAUGCAUCACCAAACCCAUACCAACAGUCAACCUCCAAUCUCUCUCAACAACGGUCGGCAGGUGACAGUAGCCCAGGCGGUUACAGAUCACAGAACAAUGCAAGCCCUUGGCAACGUGGUGCUGGUUACGAGCACUAA